GAUGAAUAUUGCAGAGAGAUUACAGAGGGAGGCUGAAAAGAAAAAAUUACAAUAAGAAGAAUAGUUGAAAGCAGGCAAUAAAGCAAUCAAAGAGAAAUAUGAGGCAGAAUAUUAGGAGAACAAAAAUAAAUUGAGUUAGGAAAUCAAACAGGACAUUAAAUUAAUCUCUCAAUAAUAUCCUAGUUUCUAAGUAAAUUCAAUUUACAAUUAAAAAAGAAAUUUGCUUUGUACAAAAUUUAUAAGCAGUUCGAUUUCAAUAGAGAGAUUGCAAAUGAAUUCAUUAGCAUUUAAAUCUAAAAUCAAAAUUAACAAGACAACGGAGACGAUGAUUGGAUUGAAAUAACAAGCAAAAGGAAGGCACUCAUUCACAAGAUUACCAAAUCAAGUGAAAAUAAUCAAAAACCAAAGAGAUCAUAAUCUGUGACUAAUAAACAUGACCCAGAUUAUCACCCAUAAAGAUAGCCUUCAUAAAAUGAAAAUUAAAGAACUUAAAGAAGAAAUAAUUCCGGAGAUAGAAGAAGAGAAGUUUCUCCACGGAAAUACAACUAUCAAAAUCGAAAAUAUGAAAAAUUUGAUUCCGAUAAAAACAACAUUAAAUAUGAAGGACGCAGAAAAUAAUAACUAAAUUAAAAACCUAAAAUACCUUAAUAAAACUCAUUUUAUCCAAAAUACAUUUAUGUUCCAAAACACUAAGAUGAUGAUUGCCCUUAUGUGCCUAAAUCAAUAAUUACUUAAACGUAGAAUAUAAUUCAACAGAAAUAGGAAGAAUAAACUUUGAAUGGAAAUACAUAAAAUGUAGAGACUAUCAAUUAAUAAUUAAAUGUAGAUCAUUCUAAAGACUCACAAUAAUAACAUAGUAAAUAAAAUUUUGCUGUUGAAGAUAAAAUUAAAUAAGAUUAGAUUAAAAAAUAAGAAGAAUAAGAAAAAUUAAGAUAAGAACAAAUUAGAUAAGAAUAAUUAAGAUAAGAAUAAAUAAGAUAAGAAUAAAUUAGAUAAGAAUAAUUAAGAUAAGAAUAAAUAAGAUAAGAAUAAAUUAGAUAAGAAUAAUUAAGAUAAGAAUAAAUUAGAUAAGAAUAAAUUAGAUAAGAAUAAUUAAGAUAAGAAUAAAUUAGAUAAGAAUAAAUUAGAUAAGAAUAAAUUAGAUAAUAAUAAAUUAGAUUAGAAUUAGUUAGAUAAGAGUAACUUAAAUAAGAACAAAUUAAACAAGAGUAGCUAAGAUAAGAAUAAUUAGUUUUAGAAUAAUAAAAAAUUUUGUUAAACUAAUCAUAAUAAUUUAAUUAUUAAAAUCAAUCUCUCUACUAAGAAUAUUCAUAAUCACAACCUUUUAAUUAACAGUUCAAGAGUUCAAUGUUUGCUCCUUAAUUUUAAAUGGCUCCUCAAUAAGAGAAUUCAAAUAUUAAUAAUCAGCCUUCUGUCUAUGAGAUGCUAAUGAGUUAUAUUAAUUACGAAUGA